GGGGGGGUGGGGGACGUCGCCAAGCAAGUGGAGUUGUUAUUUGCCCUAAGGUGGGGCUUUAACAGUUACUUUGACUCGGGCUCCUCCUCUCCUGUGCUCCAUACCCUCCGCAGGUUCUUCCCCGGCCCUUUCCCCGAGCCGAACCCACCCCACGGGGCAGCCCGUGGGCACGUUGUUGGCCCCGACGCCCCUGCUCUGCGCCUGUGCCCCGGGGGAUGCCAGCUUGCUCGUGGAGCAAGGCUGUCAUCCCCAACCUGCUGGAUGCCGUUUCCCUCCGGCGUUGGGAACCUCUUCUGGGUGUGCCAUGUUUGUUUACCCUCCGGUUCCUAUCAGCAUCCAUUCAGCCAUCCCGGGGUAGUCUAGACUUACUUCUGGGAACCUUGUUCCGAUUCUUUUCCUCUCUCUCAUUUAUUAAUCGCCUUAUUUUGAAGCUCUCUGGGAACUGGUAGAACGGGCUUCGAAGGUGGAAUCUGAGAAGGCUUGGAUGAGAGUAGCCACAUGAAAAGUGAGACUUGAGUCGGAAGCCCCUGGGUAAGGUGAUCAGGCCCACCCCCCUCCCCCCCACCAGGUUAAUCCUCUCUUUCACACCUGAGAUGCCAGACUACCAUAUGGCCAAGGAGAGCUUUGGUGAGCCCUGCUCACGCCUAGGAUGGAACGGGGCACCCUUAGCGGUCCCUGACUCCGCUUACAGCGUGCACCCCAGGGCGUCACUAAAGAGAAAGCAGCAAUGCUUACUGGCUCGGAGAGAAUUAGAAUUGGGGUGAGACUAUAGACACCUUCUUAAUUUUCAUCUUCCUUCCCUGCCUCCAGGAGAUCAGGUGCCCCGGUCUUGUGCUUGUGUGUGCAUUGGUGCCGGAGUGAGAAAGAAAACUGCUACCUGCUAGAUAAAGCAAAACUGCUAUUUUGCUCUAAUCCGACUUUUCAUUUUUAAUGGCUCACGGUGGAUACUGUUUCGGCCUGGCUUGGCCACAGCUUCCCAGGCAGGGGUGGUCAUGGGAAUGAAAGGGAAAUUGGCUUUUUUCAUGGGACACUGCAAGGUUCUUGUGGUCUCUCUUGGAGUGUGCUCUGUUCCCUUUGCUGCAGAGCUGUUCUCCGCUGGGCAUCAAAGGCCGGAUGGCAAAGCAAGAAAGCGGAGGAGGAAACUGACCAGAAAUUGGUGGUGAUGGUUUAGGAUCUCCCUGAUCCUCCUCCGUCUUUAUUCCUGGUAUAGGUAGGGGGAGGCUAUGGGCAUCUCUGCCCAGCGAGAACCUGGUUCUUGCUAUUCCAUGUAGCAAGUCUGCCUGGAUUGGCCAAUGAAUGAAGCGUUCGGGUUACACAUUGUGGGCCUGUGGAGUGUGCAGUGUCGUCUCCCUAAAUUCUCACAAAGGGAGCCAACCAAGAAUAGAUUUAAUGGUCUUCUCUCAGUUAAAUAGAGAACCGUAAAUGAUGAAAUGGAAACUGCUCACUGCUCAUUUUUCCUAUGGUGGUCAAGCUGCUCAAUGGCUUCCCUUUUCUCCUGGUGUUAAAUGGAAAUUGGACUGUUUAUCCCAGGCUUAAUGGCAAAAGUGACAAAAGUAAACCAUCUUAAGUGUCUGGUACUUUGCAAAAUAGAUGCUAAUCAAACAAAAUAAUAAUAUACACGGGGAGGUGGAGUGGAAAAUCGUGACCACUCCCCCUUUUAAAACACAUAAGUAAUUUCAGCCCCUCCCUAUCUGACUGAGCCAGAGGAGAAGGUUGAGUGAGAUGAGCUUACUUCUGACUGGGAUGCUGCUUUUUUCAUCUGAUCAGACAGAAAUGUUCAGUGGACUUCACUUUAGGGCUUGCGUUUGAUGAUGAAUUGUUUUCAGGGCACCAAUGCCUCUGCUCUGGAAAAAGACAUUGGUCCAGAGCAGUUUCCAAUCAAUGAACACUAUUUUGGAUUGGUCAACUUUGGGAACACAUGCUACUGUAACUCUGUCCUUCAAGCAUUGUACUUCUGUCGGCCAUUUCGAGAAAAUGUAUUGGCGUACAAGGCCCAGCAAAAAAAGAAGGAAAAUCUGUUGACUUGCCUGGCAGACCUUUUUCAUAGUAUUGCUACUCAGAAGAAAAAAGUUGGCGUGAUUCCACCAAAGAAGUUCAUUUCAAGGUUAAGAAAGGAGAAUGAUCUCUUUGACAACUACAUGCAGCAGGAUGCCCAUGAGUUUUUAAAUUAUUUGCUAAACACUAUUGCAGACAUCCUGCAGGAGGAGAAAAAGCAGGAAAAACAAAAUGGGAAGUUAAAAAAUGGCAACAUGAAUGAACCUGUGGAGAACAAUAAGCCAGAACUCACUUGGGUACAUGAAAUCUUUCAGGGAACGUUGACCAAUGAAACCCGAUGCUUGAACUGUGAAACUGUUAGUAGCAAAGAUGAAGAUUUUCUUGACCUUUCUGUUGACGUGGAACAGAACACAUCAAUCACACACUGUCUAAGAGACUUCAGUAACACUGAGACAUUGUGUAGUGAACAGAAAUACUACUGUGAAACUUGCUGCAGUAAACAGGAGGCCCAGAAAAGGAUGAGAGUAAAAAAGCUUCCAAUGAUCCUAGCAUUACAUCUUAAGAGGUUCAAAUAUAUGGAACAACUCCACAGAUAUACCAAGCUCUCCUACCGUGUGGUCUUCCCGCUGGAGCUCCGUCUGUUCAAUACAUCCAGUGACGCAGUGAACCUGGACCGCAUGUAUGACUUGGUGGCUGUAGUAGUCCACUGUGGCAGUGGACCUAAUCGUGGGCAUUAUAUUACCAUUGUGAAGAGUCAUGGCUUCUGGCUUUUAUUUGAUGAUGACAUUGUAGAGAAAAUAGAUGCACAAGCUAUCGAAGAAUUCUAUGGUCUGACAUCAGAUAUAUCAAAAAAUUCGGAGUCAGGAUAUAUUUUAUUCUAUCAAUCAAGAGAAUGAUGUGAAGAACUGCAGAACUGCUUCAAGUGGGAGAAUGGCAUAGUGCCCACUCUGACUGGCUUCUCCGCAGAUCAAUCACCUUCCUUCUUAAUGGCCCGCCAUCGACACCCUGAGCCUGAAUGGUCUAACGGUGUUAGGCUGUUGCCCCCUUUCCCCCGUCCCCCCCUUCCUCCCGCCAUUUUGAUAUGCAGCACUUUUGGUUUUCUUUCAGUCCAAGGUAGAAUUCAAUGUUAUCCAGUUGUAGUCAGAUUUACAUGAAUAACAUUUACAGAUUUUUAGGAUUGAGUACACACUAUGCCAUCCGCUGCCUCCCAGUGAACUAGAGUAAUGUUUUCUACAAAUGGCCGUGUUCUCUUUUGGGGCUUUUUACUGAACUUUGUAAAUGGCUUCAGGGGCCAACUUACGAUGCAUUCCUCUUAAUGGUGUAAGUCAGAGGCUCUGUGGCUCUCCAUUUCUAGCUCCUAAGCCAAGUUUUCGAUAGAGUAGGCUUAAAGAACUGGAUGGAUUUCAUGCCCUCUGGGGCUAAAAACCAUAACUUUAAGUUGAAAAACUUUUAGAAGUGAGUAACCUCAGUACUAAAAAUAGCCUCAAAGGAGGGGAGAGGGGUAGACAGCUUAUUAUGGUGACAUUAGUGUUAGCCCUUUGGGCCUUGGAACCAACUGUCAAAGUUCAAGGGCCUAACAAAGUAUGGCAUUAAGGGUAGGUGAAAGAAAGGAAGAAAUAGGAGAGAAUUUUCUGGACAGAGAUCCUUAACUUUAAAAAUGUACUUCAAGGAGUUUCAGUACCAUCAACAUUUUCCCCUGUGGGUAGGAAAUAGCCCUAUUCAUCUUUUCAGGGUAACUUCAGCUGAUCCUUGAAUACUUCCUACAAUAGUAGGGAUAAAAAAAAAAAAAAGACACCUGACUCCAGUCCCCCCCAAAUCAUUUAGUACCCGCACUGCCCUCACAUCAUGGGACUAAACAGGAAAUCACGUUUUUACACUAUCCAGCCACAUUAUGUGACUGUUAGUAAUUUUUAUUUUUCAGUUAGUUUACUGAGGACCUGGCAAGUGUCAGGGCUAAUAAAGAACUGUUCCCUAGGGGGAAUACUGGAAAUAUCCAAGUAGGAACGAGACAAAGUCCAAGGAAGUGGAAGGGGAGGGCAAGUAGGAGGAGGAAAAGUGGACUAAGUGACGGACAUUUUCUUAGGUUCAAUCAGCCCGUAGGCUGUUAGACAAGACAGAUUUCCAAGGAAGAACCUCAUCUCAUACAUAUUUACUUUUACUUAUUUUCAUUUUUUUAAAUGUAUAUUUAUUAGACAGUUCAGUACUUUUCAUUAAAAGGGUCAACUGCCUUUCUGUCCUUAGCUGGUUUUGUCUUUUCCCUUUUUUCUCCAUUCCUUCCCGUCCUCUCCUCCCCCAACCCUCUUAGCAAAGUUUGUUUGAAAUUCUCAUUCUGGAUUUCUGCUUCUGUUGAGGAAGUCAGUUAACUUCUUGAUGUUAUAAUCUACUGUGAAUGUGAUAUUAUUUUGUACCUUAUGAUCCAUGAAUUUAUAAGCCUUUGGUAUGAUGUGGUUUGAAAUGGAAUGGAAAAGGUGAACCACCAUUUUGUAUCAUAAGGAAUAUAGCACUUUAACCAGAGAGAAACUGGAUUUCUUAUCUUUGAAAUACCUUGAACUCUUUAUUACUCAGAAUGUGACUCAUUAGUCCCACAUGCUUCAUUUUGUCAUGCUAAAGGGGAAAUGUUCAACUUUCCAUCCGAGACCAAAACGGGGUGAUUCCCUUCCCCCUUCCCACUUUCUUGGUGAGAGUAUAAAAUGCCUUACCUUGUUUAGAGGCGAAUUCCUAUUUUUGAAUAUUCAUGCCUCACCUUUUUUUUCCCCCAUUAAAGUUAUACAGCAAUCACUUGCUUAGCAGGUGAAUCUUGGGCUCUGGUUGUGAAUGAGUGCACUUUCCAGACUGAAGAUGAAGAGAGAAUGUCUAUGUUGAUUGUACCCCAGAUCCUUGGCUAUAGAUCGCAAAGCUCAAGAAAUGUAUAGCGAACCUUACACAAUCAGAGUUGGGAGACUGAAUGAUAACUUUGGGGAGAGAAAUUGUUAAAAUUAUUUUAAAAUAGAUUUUUGGAAAUAAAUGUCCAUUUUGCUAGGAAGAGGUUUAUAAACUGUUAAGGAAUUAAGUAGUGACGAGUGAAGCAAUAUUGAAAUGUUAAACCAGGGUUACAGUCUGACCUUUUAUGAGGUUACAAACAGCUUUUCCCAAUGAUUUUUACUAUGAUAGUUUAUUUUUUUCAUGCAAAAGAAAAAGGGAAAUGUAGAGUUUAUGAACAGAUUUCUGUAUUUGUAAGAAGGUAUUUUGGAAGGUAUUAGAGAGACGUGUGGACUAGUGCAAGUAAACAAUUGGUAACUAGUCAAAAAUUAACUUGCCCACUAUCAAAAUUUAAUCAGCAUUUACUUUAUUUUAGAUCUGUUUGCUUACUCUUCCAUUCCCACUCACCCUCCAUUUCACCUCCAAUUAGUAAGAGAUCAGCUAUAACCUUUUUUAAAAAAUCUUUUCACUGUAUUUAAAGAUGACGUCACCCAAGUGGAUUCUUUUUUAACAAAUUCUUCCCAUUAUGAGAGAGCCUAAGAAUGGUAUAAAACAAAUAAACCCAUCUUCAAAGUCAUUUAAAGAAUUCACAUUUCAGAGACCAGCACAACUUUGUGGCUUUCUUCUAUGUCCGUGUUUGGCUUGCUGGGCCCCUGCAAAAAUUGCUUUACAGCAUCAUUCUUAUUGGUUAUGUAUUUUAAAACAAGCUGCUAUAUCGUGCUAAAGGAGAAAAGAAAUCUUUUGAUUUUAUGGGUUCCUAGUUAAGAAUGAGAAUAUAGUAGAGUUCAGGACAACAUUCUCUGGGAAGAUCCACUUAAGGAUGCACUUUGAAAGGGAGAUCGCUAGCUCCUAGUCUUGCUCAGUUCAAGAUGUUCCUCAUUUUGAGAUGCUAUUCGAUGCAGCUGAAAAUGAAGGAGGGGAGAGAAACACCACCAACUAAAGGUGGAUCUGAAAAUGGGACGGGCAUCUUUUGGGGUUUGCUAGACCGAGGCAGCUGAAGAUAAGAUGGGAAAAGCGAUAGAAACAUUUCCUAUACCUUGAAUUUUAUGGAGCUGCAUAAUGGUGAACCAAGUUCUAACUGAGGUUUAAGGCUUAUUUUAGGUACAUGGAUUCUUACAUUUUACCAUCGAUGGAUUUUAUCUUCAAACGUGACUUUUUGUUCAAUUUUGUAUAUUCGUGUGAAAUUAAAUAUCAUGCACUAAAUGUUUUGCCCUCGUUUGCUAUUGUGUAGCCAAGGUGUUCAUAGUCACCAUUCCGAAUAAUUUGCCCUUGUAAAUGGUGUGAGUCAGGGAAAAAUAGGUAUAUUUUUUUCUUGCUCAAUUUACGUAAGUAAAUUGUUUUCCAGUGUUAUAUUAAUUUAUUUCCGCCUCCUGUUUCUGCAUAACUGACAUAUUUGCUGUAUCCAUGUAGUUUCCAUUUGUGUUGCUGAUACCUAUAGUUUUAAUUUUAAAGACUCUGUACUUUCAUUUUUAAAAAAUGUAACCAACCCAAGCACUUUAAGCAAUAAUUUCAAUCGUGUGAAAAUUCAAUCAGUUUAACCCCUUGCCUCUAAAAUGGAGUUUGCAAAAAACAAAAAAUGAAACAAAAAACCCAACAACAACAAAUAAAUAAAUAAAUGGAAAUUCUCUCUGUA